GUUCUUUCCCCCAAUACCCCCAUGUAAUGAAAAGACAUGGACACAGGAUGUCACUCUAUCACAAGUACAAGAUGAAGGAUUAUGGGGCAUGGCCGAGGAGCAUGGGAGAGAAGUGAAAGGCUAUUGAAGUCCCAGAAAGAGGAGUCCAAUAUCUUGCUGAGGAUUACUUAUAUUGGCAGAUGUCAUUGUUAGGGCUGAAUGCAACAGAGUAGAGUGGGCUGUCUGGCAUGCUCACUCUUUCAUCUGUCUGGGAAAGAUAGAUGAGUUUUCCCUUGCACUUCAACCAAUCCCCCUCUUCAAACUUCAGCUCUGUAGGGUGUGUGGCACAGGAGAAGAGGCGGAGCGUCACACUUAUACCAGUAAUGUCUAGCAGACACCCCAGCUGCACUUCACAUAGCCUCAUUAGACAGCAACAGAAGCGAGAGAGAGAGAGAGAGAGAGAGAGAGAGAGAGAGAGAGAGAGAGAGAGAGAGAGAGAGAGAGACUGGACACCCCAGAGGUUCUUCAGCACAAAAGGAAGUGGGCUUUCACCAUGAAUCGUACCUUGGGGAUGGAGGCACAGGCUCGUCUCACAGACAUGUUGGAGAUCACUGCCCAGAGCCUGGUGCACAUGGAAGUAUCAGAACAUUACCAAGUCAUCAAGGAGCUGGGCAAGGGGAAAUAUGGCCAGGUGGUCCUGGUAAUGCACAGGCAAAGAGGGACACCUAUGGCUCUCAAGCUACUACCUAAAUCUAGCACCAAGCUCCAGAAUUUCCUAUAUGAAUACUGUGUGGCACUCUCACUUUCUGCACAUCCUGCCAUCAUUGGUAUGUUUGGCAUUGCUAUAGAGUCCAGCCAGCAUUAUGGUUUUCUCUAUGAAGCAGCCUUUCAUCGAGAUCUUAUUUCCAUUAUCAAGCCCAAGGCAGGCAUUCCUGAGAAGGCAGCCAAGCUCUGUGCCAAGCAACUAGUGAGCGCAUUGGACUUUAUACACAGUCGGGGCCUGGUGUAUCGAGAUGUUAAACCAGAAAAUAUCCUGCUUUUUGACCGUCACUGCCACUGCAUCAAACUGACAGAUUUUGGAUUGACCCGACCCCAAGGCACUCUGCUGCAGCUUGUGACUGGGGUCAUCCCUUACACUGCACCUGAGCUGAGCCGUGGCACCAUUGGCACCCCAGGCUUACCCAUCGAUGCCAGCCUUGAUGCCUGGGCUCUCGGGGUGCUGAUCUUCUGCCUGCUCACUGGCUACUUUCCUUGGGAAAAGACUCUGCCAGAGGAUUCCUUUUUUGACGACUUUGUGAUAUGGCAAGAAUCAGGUUCAGAUGAAGAUCUGCCAUUUCACUGGCGUCCACUGUCUCAAGAUUGCAUUGCUAUGUUACAAAAUCUUUUAGCCCUGGAGCCUACUAAUCGUGGCCCCAUCCGCCAAGUACUCAGCUACCUGGAUCGGCCAUGGCGAGCAGACGUGGCUGCUAAAACUGGCAUCUGAGCUGAAAUUUAUCUGAGUGAAAUGGGGAUGGAGGGAGGGAGGCAGAAGUCCCCCCCUCAUUAUUAUGUAUUUGCAAAAGAAAAGAAAUGCUAUACAUUGGGUAAUUUACAACAGUCCUCCACAUAUACCUGUUGAAUGGUUUGAUUUUAUUGGGAAGAGUCUAAAUCAAUGCAUGUGAUCAUGUUGAAGAUGAUUAUAAAACAUAAAGGUAAAUAUUUUUGCAUUAGUAAGUUGGAAUUUAAAUUAUGAAAAUAUAUCAUUUAGCAAAAUGCUACUUCAGACCAUGCUGGUGAUCCUAAUUAUAUAUAAACCAGUUUGGUUCAUAUAUGUGAAUAUAUUCUAGUAAGCCAGAAUGCAGUUUAUCUGAGUUUCAGCUUAGGCUAUCAUUGUGCCAUUGUGGUUUGUUAACCAUUGUUUAUAGUUUAGAUAAGAAGCCAUGCUUAAAAACCUAUGGCUUAGCAUGAUAUGUGAACUUAGUCAAUUACUGGUUUUAUACAUUGUAGUCAUACUUGUUUGGUUUUGGCUUAAUUUGCUAUGGAUCCAAUCACAGAUUUUUUUUUAACGGCAGAGAUGAACAACCUAAAAAUCCAGGGCUACAUAUGGAUUCACUUUUUUUGCAUUAGAAAAGCUUCUUUAGCACAAUUACCAAAAUAUGUAUGUCUAAGUUUCAGGCCAGGAGUGAGAAAAAGUGCAGUAAACAUAUUUAAUACUCUUUCCUUCUCCUAUUUUCCCCAAAACAACAACCUUGUGAGAUAAGUUGGACUGAGAGAGUGAUUGUCUAAAGUCAUGCAGCCAGCUUUCAUGCCUAAGGUAGAACUACAACUCACAGUGUCCUGGUUUUAACUUUGUGCCAUAUUGCUAGAUAAAGGUUUCUCUAUCUUGGCAAAUUUAAGAUGGAUGGAUUUCAAUUCCCGGAGUUCAGUUCAGUAUUUUACAGUUGCCAUGCUUGUAAACACACUAGUCGAAACUGGCUCUCUCUUUUUAAAUAUUUUUUUCCAAGUUGGUAUUUUUAGAGUUAUAUGAACUGACUAGCUAACUAAAAUAACGAUUGUGAUCUCAUUCAUUUUAGUUAAUUGUCAUGUUUCUUGGGAUUCUUUGCCUAUAAAUGGGAAUUAUGGUUCAGAUAAAUCUUGCCACAAUGAUUUAACUGCAAUGUGUUCAAUAUAGGUGACUUCAAAAUUUAAUCUUGAAUAGACUUGUUUAUAUAAAUCCAGUCAAUUUGGGUUUACCAGCCAUGUGGGCACAACACUGGAGAACCCAUUUGUAUAAUUAUUUGUGUGUUUGUUUGUGUGUGUGUGUGUGUGUGUGUAUGCGCUUGCACAUUGUUUUUCUCAAACAAACCAUGCUUUUUUUCAGAAGAAGCACAAGAUAGCUUUUCCUAGACUGGCAUUUUCUAGGUUAGCUAAUCCUGAGGCAAAAUGGUUAAAAUUAUGAUGCUAUGGCCUAUUAUUUCUAGAGAUCGAGAAUGGUUGAAUUACAGAUAAACCAGACGUGUUAAUAAAUGUUUUUAGUAAUUUGAUUUAAAAAUGGAAAUGUUAAUUUUUUUGCAGUUCAGUUAUACAUAUAUCAUGAGAGUGAGGGACAGAGAUAAAUUAUCUUUCUAUUUUAAUUAGUGUCUUUGAACUCUAAGGCAUUGUAAGAUCUCAUCUGUUCUCACUGGACAGUCACGGAGAAACCUCCCUUUCUAUAGGCUCCUCCAUUGUUCCUGUCAUCUUUCCUAUCUGCAUUAUGAAAGUAUAAUACCAUUCAUUCAUUUGUGUUUAUUAAACAAACAUAUUUUAUAUGGCAGCACACCUCACACAGAUGAUUCCGAGCAGCUUACAACGUAAAACCAUAAUAUGAAAACCAUCGCUGCGCUGCAGACGCAGGAAGACGUCUUUUGCGUCUGAAUUCGUUCUGCUGGGAACCCUAGAAAGAGUCGAAAGUCACCCUGUAGGGGCAACGAGCAAGGAGUGGAUGCAUCUGAUUGCAGGAGGGCGGUGGCCUUUCCGUUUGAGCCGGGGAAGCCCUCCAAACCGGCAGGGGAAAGACUGGCCAUACCAAUAUGUCCCGUCACUAAGCUGCUGACAGCUGAAGUCAAAAUCACCACCAAGCACCUUUAAAGCUAUGAGGAUGAAACUGGGUGAGAUCUGAUCCUCUCUUUAAGAUUUUAAGUAUUUUUUCUGGUAAAAGAUGCCCAAAGUAUUUUCCCCCCUGUGAGGAGAGAGGGAAGGGAAUUUCUAUCCCACCUUCUAAGAAAAGUAGAAACUAACUACCCAGAGGAAACAGAGCAACUAUAAGAACAAUUUUAAUCUAAUUGGAUGCAUAUUCUUUUGAAACUUGGGGACUAAAAGUGUUCCUUCUUUCAUGGGAGAUGUUUGUUUUUUAUCUAAAAAAAAGAAAUAAGACUUGGAAAACUACCAUAAAAAUUUUGGACUUAAAAAGCUUAAAUGGCGUCAGUGACAUUUUGUGACAAAGUAUGGUAUUACUAGUUGUUAUUGCCUAAAAGAGACUUGGCUUGAAGCCCAGACUCUAGAAAAAACUUCUCGGAGCUUGACAGUUACCAUCUGUGAAAAACCCAGCUGCAAAGAAGGAACUUCUGGGUGGCAUAUCUGGCCUGUUUGAACUACGAAUGUAAACUUUUACUGACUUUCAGAGCUAUACUUGGGGAAAUGCUUUCCUAUUUCUUUACAUGAGAAGUAUAUGUUAUUAUACGAGAUGAUAGAAUACCUUGGAUUAUAAACUUUUACUUGACAAACCAUUUCUAUUAUAAAGACCACCUAUAACACCUGAAAUAGAUGUCCCAUACCCAGCUGCAAAAGACAAAAAACUAUUUUAACGUUUGAUUCUAAAGUCUUCAACUUACUAUACUAUCAAGAGAAUA